UAUAAUCAUUCCAACCACCAUCUGUCAUCCCAAUUUCCCACGCUCAUCUUCAAUUCCUUGUCUUCUGGAAUUUCUUCCCCGAUACUCCUUUUUCUUCUUCAAUAUGGAGUGCAGGCCUUUGGAUAUCGUAAUCGAGUCCGCAAAGGACUUGAAGGACGUCAAUCUUUUCUCCAAGAUGGAUGUCUACGCCGUCGUUAAGAUCGAAGGCGUCUACAACCUCAAAUCAUCCACCCAAAAGACGCCCACCGACAAAGACUGUGGCACCAGCCCCAAAUGGAACUUCCCCGUCAAGUUCACCAUCGACGACGCCGCUGCUAAUCAGAACCGCCUUACCCUCGUCAUCAAGAUCAAGUCCGACAGGAGCUUGGGUGACAGAGAGAUCGGCGAAGUCCAUGUGCCUAUCAAGGAGCUUUUGGACGGUUUUGGCGAUGCCAAGGAAGCGAAACACGCUACUUAUAGCGUCAGGACCCCGUCUAGGAAGACGAAGGGAACUCUGGAUAUCUCCUACAAGUUCGGUGAAAAGUUCACCGCGCCUGAGAUUAAAAGCAGGCAGGCAGAGCCGGUUAUGGCGUACCCUGCGGGCUAUGCCGCUGGAUCUAGUGGCGCUGCCGCGUAUCCGCCACAGGGAGCAUACCCACAGCCCAUGUAUGCGCACCCACAGGCUGCGCCGGGAUAUGCUGGGUACCCACCUGGGGGAUACCCGCCGUAUCCACAGUACCCUCCGCCUGGCGGGUAUCCACCUCAGCCGGCUUACGGGUACGGUGGAUACGGGGCGCCGGUGCAGCAGCCACAUAAACCAAAGAAGAAUGGGAUGGGAGGGAUGGGGUUGGGGCUUGGAGCAGGAUUGCUGGGUGGGUUGCUAGUUGGAGACAUGAUCUCGGAUGCUGCUUCCUAUGAUGCGGGAUAUGAUGGUGGUUUUGGUGAUGGGUUUGAUUUUUAAUUGUUAUUAAUUUGUCUUGACACUUGUUUUUAAUUGUCUUCAAUUCGUUUUAGAUUAGAGCGAUUUCUGGGUACGUAAAUGGAAGUAUGAGGAUGUAAUAUCAUAUUUAAAAAAUUCUAC